AAAGGAUGGAGAGGAGCCUACCACGGGGCUGCGCUGUUGCUGAUGAAGGGUGCGCGCAUCACACACACCGAGGGACAGCGUGUGUGAGCCAGUCAGCCAGCCAGUCAGUCAGGCAGGCAGUCAGUGUUGAGUGUGUGAGCCAUGUUGGAUGUGAGUGAACGGGAGGAGAGAUGCUGCCGCCACGCCGCUCCUAACGCUCACGCCUCCAGCUCCACGGAACACAGAGGGUAGAUGCCAACUCUCCGGGCCGAGAGAGAGAAGGGGGAGCCUGGGGGAAGGCGUCAGGCGGCGCUGGCGCUCCUGGAACUGGACACCUAGCUGGAACGAGGGACGGAGAGAAGUGCCGGAGAGAAGGAAACUCAAGGGUGAAAGCCACUCUGAGAAGGAAGAGGAGAAAGGAGGGAAAACCCAGAGAAAGGAGAAGACUAAAUGGCUGCACCGCUGACGGGCUUCACCCCGCUCCUGCUCUCCUUUCUGGCUCUCCACCUGCUUCUCCUCGGUCCUUUGUUAGCCUUCACCUCGGGGAGGGCGAGUUUAGGAGGGGCUUCCACCAGAUGGACCCGGGGCCUCUGUCAUCGAGAAGCCUGCAAAGUGGACCGGCAUCGGUGCGAGGAUGCUGGGGAGUUGCCGCGGGGAGGCAGGAAUCUGAGCGCGUGCAGGUGGACCGUGGAGUGGAUACAGCCCGAGGGAUGCACCGGACUGAAGCGCAGGUGGGGGCUCAGAGGUGGAUAUCAGUGGGAUGGGUCGAGAUGGGCGCGGAGGAAGAGGCUGAAAGGAGCCGGGACGUUUGGUGUGCGCGCAGACGAGGCUUCCCUUCCCCGUGCCGGUCUCUCGCGCGGGGCGAACUCUGAUGGCGUCGGCGCAGACGAGGGAGUUCACAGAGGGGUGGUGGAGAGGAAGGGCGUUGUUUCGCCCCCUUCUUCACCUGCUUUCACCUUUGUGCUGAUGCAAAACGGGAAGAAGAGGGCAGUACAAAGGACUAAAACGUGCGCGCAAAGCUGCCCGGUGCCGGGGCCACACCUCGCCAAGCGCGGAGCCGCCGGAGCCUUUGUGCACGCUUCUGGCAUUCGCACCGGACCCGGAAGUAGACAGUUGAAGAGAGAAAGGGUUCGGGAGAGGGCUUUCGGGGUCAGCUCUUCAACAUCUGUCUAUUGCGUAAACCGCAAAACCCGCGUGCUGACCAACAAGCGCACACCUGGCUGCUUCCUAUCUUCUCCAUCUUGGCGCAAACCCCCUCUGUCUGGAUAUAAAUUACCUCAUAUUGAUGCUUCAAGCAACAGCUUUCAAUGUAACCACGUUUUAACUAACACUUCAGAGUGGACAGCAAAGCAGAGAAACGUUUGUCCAACUUUUGAAUCCUCUCAGACCGCUCUCACUGAUCUUCUGGAGCAACAAGCUGCUGCUGCUCUUCGGGGCUCAGUUGGCGCGGACAGGAAGGCUGGUAAUUGUUCUCAUUUUGGAAGGCACAGUCUUAUCGAUCCCAGCAGCAGCAGCAGCAGAGAGGGGGUUGAUGACAGCUGGAUGACUGGGUGCAUUACGAGCAGGAAGGGGAGGCAUGGAGGUGGGGCAGAUGUUUGGGCCAAAAACGCACACAAAUGUAGCUCCCACGUGUUAAUUAGGAACGCUUCUGAGGCGCCACGAGGUUGUUGGUUAUCUUCCUUCCCUUAUGCAAAUGCAAAGUCUAACCACGCCAGGAAUAUGGGUGAGGGGAGGGAGGUAAAGGGUGGCAGGGGAGGAGGAGGGGCGGCGUUCCCCGGCAACAAAUACAUGCAUUUAUCUAAUUGGGCAGAUAAUGGGUUGGCUUUUUCAAUUCGAGGGCUCUCUGUUAACGAGGCUCUGUCGGGGGGAUCUGCACCAGCAACCGCAGGGCAGUUAGGUCAGAGCAGCGGGCUUUCUGAUGGCUGCUUCAGGGAAAUAGGAGGCGGAUGCUGCGCGGUUUCCAUGACCCCACAGAGGGGCGUGGCUAAGAUGAAUCCUCUCAUCCAAUUUAAUCUCAGCAGCAUCACACAGACACCCGCCAGACAUUCAUUAUUUAACAAAAGCGUCAGUUCCAGAGCAGAAUCUGUCCGUGCGCGCGCUCAAUCCGAUUAUCGCGCAGAGAGGGGAAAACCAGAGCUGACUCCAUCUGCUGAAAAAGUAAAAGCAACUCCUGAGUCUGACUCAGGCUUUUUCUUGCCAGCGAAGUUUCCCGUUACAUCUCCCGGUGCUGCGUCAGACUCCACUGACUCUGCUGCAGCAGCAGCAGCAGCAGCAGCAGCCGCGCCACAGUCCUGCAGCAUCACAGCCCGGCAUCCCUCACUUUCCCCAGAACAGAAUCAGAGCACGUGGCUGCGCGGCUCUCCCUGCAGCCCCUCUGUGUCUGAGAUUUCAGGACCGCGGACAGCUCCGCGCGUCUUUCUGUGGAGCAGAUUUAACAGCAAUAACAACAACAACAACAACAACAAUAAAGAGGGGGGCACUGAGAGGAAAGGAUGUGGCCACAAAUCUCACAAGGGAACGUCAUCCUGGCAUAGUCAGACUCAACAGCGAGAGGAGAGUGCUGUCCCAGCAGGGUGCACUGACAGCACCUCCAACAUUUCAGCCACCGGGGCAGGAGAAGGCGCACUUGUGCAUUUAAAAUUCAGUAAUCAAGUGCCAUUAGAGCCGGAAGGUGUCAGACAUUUAGACAGGCAGCAGAUGGGGGCUGGAGAAGAAAGGGAGAAGAGGGAGGGAGAGGGCUCGGAGAGGUCCACUGCUGUUUGGGGAGGAAAAUUGCAGGUGGGGGAGGGCGAAAGAGAGGCGCUGCUGAUGGAAGGGAGGGAGCUACAAGCAGAGGAGGAGGAGGAAGUGCAGAAUGAGGGGGUAAAGGGUUUAACAAAAGCAGGAGAGGAGAGAGGAGCCCAGGAGCAGAAAGGUCAUGUUAGUGAUGGCGGCACCAACUCACAGUUAGAUAGUGUAGGAAGAAUUGGAGAGAGUCAAGUCAAUGAAAGCUAUCAGGGGGGCAAAAGUGAGGUGCAGGGGGAGAAAAAUCCCACUUCAAGAGGAGAGAGGAGUCUGGAACGACUGAUAAUAGUAGGAGAUGAUGAUACCUCACAGGGGGAAAAGGAGAGGAGGAUUUUAAUGCCAUGGUCUCGAUCCAGGCGUGCAGCCAACAGACACCCCCAUUUCUCACUGUACAACUACCAAGUCCAGGUGGCUGAGAACCAGCCCCCCAGCACCUCUGUCAUCAUCAUGUCAGCAACAGACCCAGACGCAGGAGAUGCAGGCAGGGUGAGCUACUCAAUGGCGCCGCUAAUGAACAGUCGCUCAUCUGACUACUUCGACAUCCAUCCCAACACAGGCCUCAUCACCACAACUCAAAUGCUUGACAGAGAACACAUGGACCUGCACUACUUCCGGGUCACGGCAACUGAUCAUGGCUCUCCUCGUCUCUCUGGUACUACGAUGGUGGCUAUUGCGGUCUCCGACCGGAAUGACCACUCUCCCAUUUUUGAGCAUACAGAGUACAGAGAGACCAUAAGGGAGAACGUAGAGGAAGGCUAUCCCAUCCUGCAGCUCAGAGCAACAGAUUCAGAUUCUCCAUCGAAUGCUAACAUUCGCUACCGCUUUGUCGGCGACACAGCAGCGAUGGCGCGGGUUGCUUUUGAGAUCGACCCACGCUCUGGUCUCAUUACAACCCACGGAUCGGUGGACCGUGAGACAAACGAGCACUACACGCUUCAUGUGGAAGCCAGUGAUCAGGGGAAGGAUCCAGGGCCUCGCUCUGCCACCGUCAAAGUCUUUAUCACGGUGCUUGAUGAGAACGACAACGUACCACAGUUCAGUGAAAAGCGCUACGUGGUGGCAGUCAAAGAGGACGUGCGACCACAUUCGGAGAUCCUCCGUGUGAGUGCCACAGACCGAGACAAGGACAGUAACGCCGCUGUUCAUUACAACAUCAUCAGCGGAAACAGCCGUGGACAGUUUUCCAUUGAUAGUGUCACUGGUGAGAUCCAGGUGGUAGCACCUCUGGACUAUGAGUCUGAACGGGAGUACACACUCCGUGUUCGUGCGCAAGACAACGGGAGACCACCACUGUCCAACAAUACUGGGAUUGUGAGUGUACAAGUGACAGAUGUCAACGAUAACCCGCCCAUCUUUGUGUCCACGCCAUUUCAGGCAUCUGUGCUUGAGAGUGCCCCAGUUGGCAGUUCCAUACUCCACAUUCAGGCCAUCGACACAGACUCCGGUGAUAAUGCCAGACUAGAGUACAGGUUAACUGGAACUGGCUCUGACACACCAUUUAUCAUCAAUUCUGCAACAGGCUGGGUCACUGUCAGCUCCAUUCUUGACAGAGAAUCUGUGGAGCACUAUUUCUUUGGUGUGGAAGCAAGGGAUUAUGGGAUGCCUCCUCUUUCUGCCACGGCCAGUGUCACUAUUACCGUGAUGGAUGUUAACGACAACCGCCCAGAGUUUCUCCAGAAAGAGUACUACGGCCGCCUGAAUGAGGAUGCGGUGGUUGGUACGAGCGUAGUGACGGUCACAGCUGUGGAUCGAGAUGUAAACAGCGCUGUGACCUAUCAGAUAAGCGGAGGGAACACCAGGAACCGCUUUGCUAUCAGCACAGCAGGAGGAGCUGGACUUCUCUCAUUGGCCCUCCCACUGGACUACAAGCAGGAGCGACGUUACGUCCUCACGGUCACCGCCUCAGACAGGACGCUCCACGACACCUGUCAGGUGCACAUCAACAUCACAGACGCUAACACACAUCGGCCUGUUUUCCAGAGCGCCCACUACUCUGUGAGUGUGAACGAGGAUCAGCCUCCUGGAAGCACAGUGGUUGUGAUCAGUGCCACAGACGAUGAUGUUGGUGAAAAUGCUCGAAUCACCUACUUUCUUGAGGACAACAUCCCUCAGUUUCGUAUUGAUCCAGCCACAGGUGCGAUAACGCUUCAGGCAGAGCUCGACUAUGAGGAUAUGAUGACCUACACUCUGGCAAUAACAGCAAAAGACAAUGGGAUACCACAGAAGUCAGACACAACAUAUGUUGAAGUGAACGUGAAUGACGUGAAUGACAACGCCCCUCAGUUCCUCAGCCCCCGAUAUCAGGGAACCGUGAGCGAAGACGCCCCACCUUUCACCAGCGUCCUGCAGAUCUCAGCCACUGACCGUGACGCUCACGCUAACGGCCGCGUUCAGUAUACCUUCCAAAAUGGCGAGGACGGGGACGGAGACUUCACCAUUGAACCAACAUCUGGCAUCGUCAGAACAGUCCGCCGCUUGGAUCGGGAGAGUGUGCCCUUUUAUGAGCUCACAGCAUAUGCUGUGGAUCGUGGCGUGCCCCCUCAGCGAACCCCCGUCCACAUCCAAGUGACAGUCCUUGAUGUGAAUGACAACGCCCCGGUCUUCCCUGCUGAUGACUUUGAAGUACUAGUGAAGGAGAACAGUGCUGUGGGCUCUGUGGUGGCUCAGAUCACGGCCACAGACCCGGACGAGGGUGCCAACGCCCAAAUCAUGUACCAAAUAGUAGAGGGUAACAUACCCGAGAUCUUUCAGAUGGACAUCUUUUCAGGAGAACUCACUUCACUCAUUGAUCUCGACUAUGAAGCCCGGAAUGAGUAUGUCAUUGUCGUUCAGGCUACAUCAGCCCCCCUGGUUAGCAGGGCCACCGUCAGAAUCCGCCUAGUGGACCAGAACGACAAUCGCCCGACCCUACAAGACUUUCACAUCAUUUUCAACAACUUUGUAUCCAACCGGUCUAACAGUUUCCCGAGUGGAGUGAUUGGCAGGGUCCCCGCCCACGACCCCGACGUCUCAGACAGGCUCUACUACACCAUCGACAGAGGAAAUGAGCUUCACCUGCUGCUCUUGAAUCACACCAGCGGAGAGAUCCGGCUGAGCCGAAAACUGGAUAACAACAGGCCACUGGUUGCUCCCAUGCUGAUCACUGUCACGGACGGCGCCCACAGCAUCUCAGCUCAGUGCGUUCUCCGUGUCCUCAUCAUCACCGAGGACAUGCUUGGAAACAGUGUCACGGUCCGUCUGCAGAACAUGUCCCAGGAGUCCUUCCUCUCUCCACUGCUGGGGAACUUCCUGGAGGGCGUGUCCGCCGUGCUCGGCGUGCCAGUGGAGGACGUUUUUAUCUUCAACAUCCAACCAGAUCUGGACGCGGCACCUGGAAGGAUCCUGAACGUCAGCUUCUCCGCGGCUUUGCCGGGUGGAUUAUUCUACGCCUCUGAGGAGUUGGAGGAGAAGCUGUACCUGAACAGACCCAGGCUGACUUCACUGACACAGAUGGAGGUUCUUCCAUUCGAUGACAACGUGUGUCUGCGGGAGCCCUGCCAGAACUACAUGAAGUGCAUUUCCGUGCUGCGCUUUAACAGCUCAGCACCCUUCAUCUCCUCGCCUUCCAUCUUAUUCCGGCCCAUCCACCCCAUCGCAGGCCUGCGCUGCCGGUGCCCCGUGGGCUUCACGGGCGAUUACUGCGAGACAGAGAUCAACCUGUGCUACUCCAACCCCUGCCUGAACGGAGGGGUGUGCGCCCGCCGGGAGGGCGGCUACACCUGCAUCUGCCGUGAAGACUACAGCGGUGACCGCUGUGAGUUUGACCGGCACCAUGGAAAGUGCAAUUCCGACGUGUGUCGGAACGGAGGGACAUGCCAGGAGCUCUCUGGAGGAGGUUUCCGCUGCGCCUGUCCCGCAGGAGGCUACGAGCAUCCCUACUGUACCGUCACCGCCCGCUCCUUCCUGCCAAAGUCAUUUGUCAUGUUCAGAGGCCUGAGGCAGCGGUUCCACCUCUCCAUCUCUUUAACUUUUGCCACUCUGGAGAGCAGCGGUCUUCUCUUCUAUAAUGGGCGCUUCAAUGAGAAACACGACUUUAUCGCCUUGGAAAUCGAAGACGGACAAGUGGUUUUCAAGUAUUCCACAGGUGAAUCAUCCACUCAGGUGAGUCCCUUCCUGCCUGGCGGCGUCAGCGAUGGAAACUGGCACACCGUUCACAUCCAUUAUUACAAUAAGCCAGCUACACGCUAUCCCAAACGCAGCAUGAUUGGAGAAGCUCAGGGUCCAUCAGAUGAAAAGAUAGCUGUGGUGAGCAUCGACGACUGUGAUACGGCCUUGUCGCUUCGCUUCGGCACACAGCUGGGAAAUUAUAGCUGUGCAGCGCAGGGGAAACAGACCAGCAAUAAGAAGUCUCUGGAUCUGACAGGUCCAUUAUUCCUGGGUGGAGUUCCCAAUGUGCCAGACAACUUCCCAUUUGGCACCAGGGAGUUUAUUGGCUGCAUGAAAGAGCUCCACAUUGACAACAAGCCAUUGGAUCUUGCAGGAUAUAUCGCCAACAACGGGACGCUCCCUGGCUGCAGCGCCAAACACCCCUUCUGCAAGUCUAACCCGUGUCAGAACGGGGGCACCUGCAGCGUGAGCUGGGAGACCUUCUCCUGCGACUGUCCCGUGGGACAUGGAGGAAAGGACUGCAGCCAGGCAAUGCAACACCCUCAUCGCUUCCUGGGAAACAGCGCCCUCUGGUGGGACCUGAAAACUGACGUCAUCAUCUCCACCCCUUGGUAUCUUGGCCUGGUGUUCAGAACCAGAGCCCGAGACGGGACGCUGCUGCAGGCGCAGGCCGGCCAGUACACCAGCCUGCUGUUCCAGGUGAGCAACAGUCAGCUGGUGUUCUCCGUCACCCGCGGUUCCACCAGACCAGUGCGUUUGCGUUUGGACCAGGUUCAAGUGGCAGAUGGUCGGUGGCACGACCUCCAGCUGGAGCUGCGAGACGUCCGCAGCGGCCGGGAGACGCGCUACGUCGCCACGCUGAAGCUUGACUUUGGUCGCUAUCAGGAAAGUGUGAUUGUGGGAAAUGAGAUUCCUGGUCUGAAGGUGAAGCACCUGCAUGUGGGAGGAGUCCUGGGCUCUGGAGAGGUUCAGAAUGGAAUACGAGGGUGCAUUCAGGGUGUUCGUUUGGGCGUACGACCAGAUGCGCCCGCUUUGCCCCGCCCAUCCAGAGCUGUCAAAGUGGAGACUGGCUGUAAUGUUGGAAACCCUUGUCUGUCCUCUCCCUGUCCUGCUCACAGCCGCUGCACUGACUUGUGGGAAAAGCACGCCUGCCUUUGUGAACCUGGUUACUACGGGAGGAGCUGCAUGGAUGCGUGCCACUUGAAUCCAUGUGAAAAUGAAGCUCAGUGCCACAGGAAGCCGAGCUCUUCCCACGGCUACAUCUGUGACUGUGGGGACAACCACUAUGGACAGUACUGCCAACACAGGAUUGAUCACCAGUGUCCCAGAGGCUGGUGGGGAUCUCCGACCUGUGGACCGUGUCACUGUGACAUCAGUAAAGGCUUUGACCCCGACUGUAACAAGACCAGUGGACACUGUCACUGCAAGGAGUUUCAUUACCGUACCUGGGGCUCUGACACCUGCCUGCCAUGUGACUGCUACCCAGUGGGCUCCUUUUCGCGGUCAUGUGACCCAGAGACAGGCCAGUGUCAGUGCAGGCCUGGCGUGAUCGGUCGCCAGUGCAACAAAUGCGAUAACCCCUUUGCAGAGGUGACGAACUCGGGCUGUGAAGUUAUAUACGACGGUUGUCCAAAGACCAUCACACAGGGGAUCUGGUGGCCUCGGACCAAGUUCAACCUGCCUGCCGCGGUGCCCUGCCCCAAAGGCUCUGUUGGUGCAGCAAUCAGACACUGUGAUGUGGAGAGAGGAUGGCUGGAGCCGGACCUUUACAACUGCACCUCACCGCCCUUUGUGGAGCUCAACAUCGCUCUUGACUCUUUGGAGCGCAACGAGACGGAGCUGAACACCAUCACAGAGAAGAAACUGGCCCACCAGCUCCGUGACGUCACUGAGGCCACCGCCCGGCUCUACGGCAAUGACCUGCAGAUCGCCGAGCGCCUGCUGUCCCGCCUCCUUACUUUUGAGACCCAACAGAGCGGCUUUGGUCUCACAGCCACACAGGACGCGCAUUUUAAUGAGAACAUCCUGAGAGCCUGCAGUAUGCUUUUGGGUCCCGGCACCUCUGGACUCUGGCGAGCUCUGGCUCAGACUCAGAACCACCUCCUGGGCGGUGGUCCAGGAGAGCUAACGGAGCUUCUGGAACAGUACACCCAGAACCUGGCCCGGAACAUGAAGCUUACCUACCUCAACCCUGUGGCCUUAGUUUCACCCAACAUAGUCAUGAACCUGGACCGUGUGGAGAACCAGACCCACGUGAGGCGGCGUUUCCCACGUUACCACACCACCCUGUUCCGUGGUCAAGCCUUGUGGGACCCUUACACUCACGUCCUGCUUCCCCCGGCUGUCCUUGUGCCACAGCGGCAACAGCAACACAACUGGAAGGAGAAAGAGCGAACGGAGAAGGAAGCCUCAGUGCCUCAGAGUGCCCCCUUGGCCCCUGUCAGCAUCACAGCCAAUCAGACGAGAGAAUACACUGCAGCCAGACGCAGUGUUUCACUGCCUGAGCAGCCAAUCACCGUUGUCAUCCUGCUGAUCUAUAGAAGUCUGGGUGCUGCCCUGCCUCCCAAAUACCACGCAGACCGCAGAGGCAUAAGGCUUCCCAGACACCCAGUAAUGAACUCCCCGGUGGUCACCGUCUCUGUUUACAACAACCAGUCGUUUGUAGGCGGUCACUUGGACCAGCCGAUCCUCCUGGAGUUCAAGCUGCUGGAGACUUCCAAUCGCAGCAAGCCUCUGUGUGUGCAGUGGAAUCACAGCAAUCCGCAGGACGCAGGAGGCUGCUGGACGGUGAGGGACUGCAUGGUGGUGUACAGAAACACCUCCCAUGUCCGCUGUCAGUGCCAGAGACUGGGCACCUUCGGGGUCCUGAUGGACAGCUCACAGAGAGAGCAGCUGGAAGGUGACCUGGAGAUGUUAGCCUUGGUUACAUACUCCUCUCUGAGCAUUUCCAUGCUGGCCCUGCUUCUCACGGUGCUGGUGCUGUCCUGCCUGCGGGGCCUCAAGUCCAACACGAGGAGCAUCCAUUCCAACACGGCGGCAGCCAUGUUUCUGUCAGAACUGGUGUUUCUACUGGGAGUCAAUCAGACUGAGCAACAGUUCCUGUGUACGGUGGUCGCCAUCCUGCUGCAUUACUUCUUCAUGUCCACGUUUGCUUGGAUGUUUGUGGAUGGCCUCCACGUGUACCGGAUGCAGACCGAACAGCGCAACAUCAACUACGGAGCCAUGAGGUUCUACUACGCCAUCGGCUGGGGAGUGCCUGCGAUAAUCACAGGCCUGGCAGUGGGUUUGGACCCAGAGGGUUACGGGAACCCAGACUUCUGUUGGAUCUCCAUCUAUGACAAACUGAUUUGGAGCUUUGCUGGUCCUAUAGCCAUCGUCCUACUGAUGAAUGGAGGGAUUUUCAUCACAGUCGCCAAAAUGUCUUGUAAUCCGUCCCAGAAAGAGACUAAGAAACUCCCUGUCAUUGCUGCUAUCCGAAAUGCCUUUCUGUUGAUGCUGGUGGCCACCUCCACCUGGCUAUGCGGCCUCAUGGCUGUCAACAACAGCAUCCUGGCUUUUUACUAUAUUUUUGAUGUCCUCUGUUUAGUUCAGGGCCUGUCUGUCAUGUUGGUCUUCACCGUGUUCAAUGCAGAAGUGAAGGAGGCAUGGAGAGUGGCCUGUCUGGGUAAGAAAAGCCCAGUAGAAGAUCCACCAAGACCACAGCAGAACACUGCGCAGAACCCUUAUCACAACGCAUCUUUGUUGGAGCAGAGCGGGCUGCACCGCAUCACCUUAGGAACCUCCACCAUCUCCUCUGUCAGCUCUGCAAGAGAAAAUCUUCUGGCUCGGCAGACUCUGGAGCAGAACAUCGUCCAGACAGGAGCGACAGACCUGGAUGUCGCCAUGUUCCACAGAGAUGGAGGUGUAGACUCCGAUUCGGACUCAGACCUCUCCAUGGAGGAAGAGCGAAGUCUCUCAAUUCCAUCCUCUGAAAGUGACGACAAUGUGCGUCUCCGAGGUCGCAUCCAGCGGCGUUUCAAACGCUCCAACCAUGGCGAGCGUCUUCUCACAGAACCUGCAAACAAUGACACCAAAGAUCUAGACGGUAAUGACCUUUUGUCGUACUGGCCAGCCCUGGAGGAGACGGACACACACACAUUGCAGAAGUGGGGCUCAGAGCGCCCCCUGGGAGCAGAUUACAGUAAAGACGCAGCCAACAACAACCAGCUGGACGCGGCGCUCACCAGCGGGGACGAGAACGGCAUCGGGCAGCCUCAUCGCCAUCGUAAAGGUAUUCUGAAGAAUCGCCUCGGAUGCCCUCCAGCACUCCAAGGUUUUUCCACUACGGGUCGAGUUCCUAGUGAGCUGAACUGGUACCGAACGUCUACUCUUGGCCAUCGAGGUGUUCCUGCAGCCUCAUACGGUCGGAUGUACUCCGCCACUGCAUGCGGCACUGCAGGUUCUGGCUCCUUGUCCCAGCCAGCUUCCAGAUACUCUUCCAGGGAGCACCUGGACUCGCUUGCCAGGCGGCAGUUGUCCAGGGAUCCUCUAGGGAGGCAGACAGUCGGGGGAUCAAGGGACCGCCUAGAUUCCCGGGGUUCCCGGGACAACCUGGAUCUUUUACCCAGGAGGAGAGAGUUGGGGCUUGGACAAGGAGCAGGACUUGGGAGCCUGGAUCACCAGAGAGUUUCGUUAUCCAGGGAGAACUUGUCAGGAUCCAGGGACAGACUGAACAACCACCAUGGCAGUAGCUUCCACGCCUCGCGGGAAGACUUGAGUGGGAAUGGAGGAGCUGUCGGAGCUGGAAUGGAAGGAUACCUUAGUGGGUCAAGGUCACAGCUGAAUACACAGACCCGCCGCCAGGCCUCCUCCCGGGAGCACCUGGGAGGAGCCCUGAUGAGCAGUAGGUCCAGGGAGCAGCUGGAGACCAAUGGCGUAGGAGCUCAGGCUCAGCCGUGUCGGGAGUGGCUACGCACUUUGCCUCCUCGGCAGCCCUCACACCCGGACCAGCCUCCCUCUGCCUCUCCUCCUCCCCCCAUCUCCGAGGAGCCUCAGCAGGAGCAGCUACCUCCUCAUGUGCGAGGACGCCUGGACUCUGCCCCGUCGUGUAGGUACCCCAGUCAGACUGUUGGCCAGGCCGCGGGUUUGAAUCCCAACCCCCUCGUUCGACAACCAUCCAACGAGCACCUGGACAUUCUGUCCUCUAUCCUGGCCUCCUUCAGCUCCUCUGCCCUCACCCCUCCCCCUGCUGCCUCUAACCCUGGUCGUAACGGCUCCGCCCUUGGACCCUCCCCCUCCCCACCCCAGUCUAACACUUCCCAUAGCAUAUCUGAGGUCUCCCCUGACUCCGAAGCCAACAGGAGCGAGGGACAGUCUUGAUGACAGCUUCAACACCCCCGCCCCCAUUCAUUCCAACUAUUCUCAGUGCACAAGGGUCAAGUUGGAACAACGUGGAACACUGAGAGACUUUCAUCAAUCUGGAGGAGAGAGAAAAAGAGAAAAACUGAUGAAGAGGCUGUUUUUGGGCAGGCUGUUCUGUACUCGGACUUUUUGUUAUUUUUUUAGCUCAAAAGGCUGAAGACGAAGACGGUUCGAUCUUCAACAAACCGUCUCAGUUUUCAAGCACACGUUAGCCUCAACAAAACCUGUUGAAAAGGGAAAAAAAUGGGUCUGUAAAUAACAUUUUUAUACAUUUUGUAUCUUUUUCAUUGGAGAUGAAGAAGAAAUCUCUUGUAUUGUUUCUUUUUAAGGUGGUGUUGUCUGUGUGAGGUGAUGGAUGAGGUCGAUGUGAGUGCUCUCUUACGAUUUGUCAAAAAGGGAAAAAAGGAUUUCCCUUUUAAACAUUGUCCUUAACCUUUUCCGCUCACCCAUCAACUUUAUGUAUAGCGUCACGAAUCUGACAAUAUCUGAUGAGAUUAUCAAAACCCUGAAGGUGUGUUAUCGAGAAGUGACUGUAUAUAGAAGAAGGGAUUUUUUUAUAAGAGAUUUGAUGGAACAAGAAGAUUGUGCAAAGAAAGAUUUCUAACAGAACAUUAGAAGAUUGAAAGAAGGUUCAACUGUUAAAGCCCAGCCAUAUGUAUCAAAACGUAUCAGCUCCCUUGGGACAUUGUGCUGUUUUGUGAUCCGAUGUAUAUGAAUGUGACCUCGUCAUCUGUGUAUCUUUGUACCUGGUGCUGUCUGAGCUCCAUCACAUCUUCAGAGACCUGAUGGGUGAUGGUAAUCCUCUGUCUCCGCGUGAGGCUUCUACCAACUGCUUUAAAGCCCCCCCACCGAGGUGUUUUAUCCCACUUUGAUGCACCACAACUCGACCUGCCUCAAGGGUUGCAACGGGAGCAGCAGAACCUCUCCGGCAGCAUCCGGGAAACUCCUUUAUGAAAGCUUCUUAUGCAGAUGCUUCGUGCUAAUCUAAGCCAAAGGGACUUCAGAUUUGUUUGUAACAUUGAUGUUCAUCACAAUAGAUUCUGUAGAUGUUAUUCACCUUUUUUACUUUACCCAUAGUCUAACUGUGCUAUUGGAGUCUAAAAAUCUUUUUUUGUUUGUUUUUUUUGUUAAUGAGGCCUUAGAUUUACAUUAUCACACACCCCAUUAUCUAUGGAUGCUAUCUGGCUGCACAACCACUGUGGAAGCAAAUAGGUUAUUGAGCAUGAGGGAGGGGCUUUGCAAAUGCUGGAAUAUAUCUGUGGAUGCAUAUAAUUCUCCCUAUCUGACGUGUAUCUAAAGCUCCUUGAUUGUUGCUCCAAUCAUAAACAGUAAAACUUCAUUUAAGCUGAUUUUUUUUAUGCAUCUUUCCAUUUGGAGUAAGAUAUCUUAAAAUCUUAAACCAGUGGUGCAACACUCCACUCGGUAAAGGAGAGGAGGUGUCAGCAGUGUCAGCUCUAAAAGCCUGUAAGUGGGUUUCAGGUGCUGGGAUUUCCAUCAGGUCGGACAUUUAGAAAAAAAAUGAGACGGUUUUUACCAGCAGUUUUUUUAAUUGCAGAUGAAGAAAAUAAAAAAAAUCUGUUUGCAGGAGCAGAAGACCUCGACCGCACAGACUCACAAAGAAAAAUAAAAGCAAAAAAAUUGCAAUAAAGUGAACAAGUGAUCUGAAAGAUCUGUGUAUAAAACACUGCAAAAUGAAGCUGAUAAAAAACAAGUGGAUAUCUUCCUUUUUUUAUUUGGCUUGUUGCUGCAACUGACAACCUUUUAGUAACAAUUCUUCCUGCAAGAAAACCCACAAAAAACAACAUUUUCCCUCCCUCCUUCUUAUUAUUAUUGCAAAUUUUAACUUCAAAUGUCAAACAUAUUUUAUUUAUUGAUCAUUUAUGUGUAUGAAUUAUUUAUUAUUGCCAUUUUCUACCAGAUGUUAUUGAUUGUUUGUCUAUGUGUUUUUUUAAAGUUUGAUUUACUUUGGUUUGGCACAGAAGGCAGCAAAUUUACAGAAGAACAUGUUAUGGUUCUUUUUUAAACGAUGAUCUGACUGCUUCAUGAAAGGCAUUUAAUUGGAUUCUUUAUCUACCUAUAAACCUGAAAAGAUCUGUCAGAACCAAAUUACAUUUCAGUCCAUAAGAAUUGUCCUCUCAAAGAAGAUUUUUGAAACAUAUCUUGAUGAAAAGAUGAUACAGGUAAAACGAAGAAGCUUUGAGACUGAUGGGAGAUCGGCGUUCUUGGCUUGUGCUCAUUAUGAAAUGCAUUUUAACCCACUCGGAAGACGGCUGUUAACGCGUUACCAUGGAAACGAGAAAUGUUGGACAUGAAAAAAAAGACUUAUUUCUACUGAA